AUGGACGCGGCCUGUGACAAGCUAGAGGCGAAGAACUCCCCUUUCCCAUCCCCAGCCUUGGCCGAUGUCAAGGCCAAAGUUUCCGAGGUUACCAAGGCUAGUGAUAAGGCCUUUCUCCUAACUCUGCUGGACAAUGUCAAGGUUGAUUAUGAGGGUGCACCAAAGACCUUCGGUAUAACCAAGGCAGCCUGCCGCAUGCGAUCCACCCGCCUACAACAGAAGCAUGGCUUUAGGAAAACCCGGGGCACUCGAGCCCACAAAGCCACCGAUGAAGAAGUUUUCUUCUACAAGUCUAUCAGAUACGGUGGUGCCAAGCGAAAUGGAGAGUCCAUUGGCGGAAAUGAGAAGGCGUCCGACGAUGACAAGCCAGAGGAUAAGACCCCGGCCACCCGAGAGAGCGAUGAGACUCUUGCUGAGGCUAGCAACGUGUAG